AGAACAAUAGGAAUAAAGGUAACAAAAUGUGAAUCUAGAAGAUUCAACUCCAAAAUAUUCCCCAAUCCAGCUCCCUCUCCAAGAAGUUGAUCGAUUCUUCAAGUUCAUCUUUGCAAAUCCACUGCCUCUAUCCUGAAUCCAAUAUCCCAGAGCUGCAUCAACCAGCUUGAAAUUGUGAUGAGGAAGAAGUGAGCUUCCAUGGUGAUUUUGAGCACAAGCUGUCAAUUUAUGAUCUGUUAUCCUCCCAUAGAGGGAAGAGAUUACAACGCAUUGAUUCGAAUCUUCACCAACAAUGUGAAAGUUCGGUAGCCAAUCAAUUGAGCUACCAAAUUCCUACUAAUUGUUUCUAGAGUUUCAUUGUCAAAACUUGAAAUUUUUUUGAGCUAGAGAUAUUUUUAUCUAAAUUUUUAUUUUCAUAUUAAAAAGUAAUUUUUUAAGUGAUGGCUAAACUUUGAUUGUUUGCUCAAAUAUAAUAGCCUCUCUCACCUAGUUUUUACAAAAGAAUUGGGGCCCAAAACCAACUGAUUGACACAUUAAUCCACACUGCCGAUAAAUAUACUCUACACUCUACCAACUCCGCCAACUAAAUGAAGAAAAAGGAAUCAAAUAUCCUGUAUAAAUAACCAUUAUUUUCUUUAUCUGAAACCUCAACCCUCUCAACAUUUCCUUGCCUUAUUUUCUUUAUCUGAAACCUCAACCCUCUCAAGUACUAUAACUUAAGAAUAUCCCAUGGCUGCUGCUCCUCAACAACCAACUUUAUCUGAAACAAUAACCACCGACUCGUCAUCGGAAAGCAAUGUUACGAUCAAGGAAAAGAUCUACACAAGACUCCGUCUGGCUACGAAAGCUGACCGUCACCAUAUAUACCAACUGUUUUACCAAAACCAUGAAUACCAUAACGACACUCAUCUCUUUAAAGCUACCGAAUCCUCCUUAGGGAACUUGCUCUUUAAAGAAAACCCUCUUCCCCUGUACUACGGGCCAACCAUACUUCUACUCGAAGUCUCACCAACCCCUUUUAACGAAUCCAAGCAUACCACGGACCAAGGGUUCAAGCCCGUCCUUACAAAGUUCGACCUUAAAUUCCCCGUCGUUGAAGGAGAGGCGGAGGAAUUCAGGUCCAAAUAUGAUGAAGGCAACGAUAAACAUGAUGUUUUUAUAGCGGGAUAUGCUUUCUUUUACGUGAAUUAUUCGUGCUUCUAUGAUAAACCUGGGUUCCGUUUCGAGGAUCUUUACUUCAGGGAGAGUUAUCGUAAGUUGGGAAUGGGAAGACUGUUGUUUGGAACAGUCGUGUCCAUUGCUGCUAACAACGGGUUCGUUUCGGUGGAAGGAAUAGUUGCAGUUUGGAAUAAGAAGUCAUAUGAUUUUUACAUAGACAUGGGAGUUGAAAUAUUUGAUGAGUUUAGAUGUGGGAGGUUGUACGGUGAAGCGCUUCAAAAGUAUGCUGAUAAGGAGAAAAGUGAUGGAGGGGGCUAUUAGUUUUUUUUUUUAAUCCAUAUAUAAUAUAAAUUAGGCAUGAAUAAUGACAUCUCUCUAUGGCCUAGAAACACAAUUAUCUUUUCUUUUUUUUUUGAGUUUUUUCCUUUUUUUUUUUUUUAAUUAUCCCAUCUUUUUAUGUAUUUUAUUGUAACAACAAUAAAUGACUCAAUAAUUAAUACUUUACUCUUCUUAUU